AUGGCCUUAGAUCCAAUAUCGAUGCCAUGUCAAAAAGACUUGACAGCUUGGGAAAACCCCUUGUGGCAAGGCACCUUCGAUACGAUGGUCCCCAGUGAUAAAGUCCAGACACUACGCUCGACGAUAAAUGAGCUUCGAUGGAACACGAAAAUGGGAUUGACCUCGUUUGGAGAAGUACCAAUAUUGUAUUCUUACAAUCAUAGUGCAUCCGAUUACAGCCAAGCAUCACCAACACCUCCAACCUUGAAAUCAGAGCUGGCUUUAGUGCCUACACGCUCAUUGUCAGGAACUACUAUCGCUCCGUCCAUACGAUCCUCUUCGAGAGCAACUAUCGAAUGGGCUGAUAAUCCAAUUUCUUUCAAGGAACCGCAGUAUUCUGUCGAUCUGCCAGAUGAACAUCCACUUCUGAGCGAUAAUGCGGUUACUCAAGAUAUCAAUCAUCGAGUGAACGAUGAUGCUGAACAGCAGCAAAAGCAUCGUCAGAGUAAUGAAGAUAGUGAGAGUGUAUAUGAUAGUUUAUCCCAUAGGAUAAGGACAAAUUUUGACGAAUAUGUGAACGAACCUUUGUCGCCUUUAUCAACUUCACCUUCACCUUCGAUGAUUCUCACUUUACCAGAUGUUAUUGAAACCGAGUUCAGAGAACAAAAGGAUGAACAGUCAAAGAUAAGCACGAGGAAACGUAGUCACUCCCGUUCAGUCUGUAUCAAGAAAAGGGGUCAGGAGAAUAUCGAACUUCCAGGGAUAAAUGAGGGGUUUUGGCAAUUGCCCACAAGCUCCAUCACCAACACUUUCCAAAAGAAUCCCCAAGCGUCUUCCGAGGAUCGUCCAAACGAUUUGAUAGCCCAGAUGGUGAACUGUGGAUUAUCACAGGAUGAAAGGCGAUGCAUAUCCCUCUUGACAGGAUCCAGACUUCGUUCUCAUUCUUCUGCCAAUAGGACAGAUGCAUCUGAAUGCUGGAAACAUAACGGAAGAGACGUCAUACCUCAAGACGAUAUAAUGGGACAAUUGGCCAAGUCAGUAUUCGAUACAUCGAUGGAAUAUCGUGAGAACAUGCGAAGGUCGGUAGAUUCCUGUACAAGGAUGUUCAACCAAUGUUGUACAGCACAAGGGUCCGAAAUGUAUAAUCGACUGAAAGACUUUAAAGAGAAAGUUAGUAUGUACGAUACGAUGGAUAAUCAAUCUUUUCAUGGAGAGGUCAACUCACGGAGCAAGGCUUUUGAAGAUAGCGAACGUCCUUCGUAUGAUAACGUGGUGAAAGAUCGAUUUGUUGAUGGAGGAGGAUUUGAUCUAAUUGAUUCGAAUUAUAUAACCGUCAUUCACAAUCCUCAAGAAUACACGCCUUCGACGUCGACAUCCAUUUCCAGUCAAUCUAUCGAUAAUGACAACGUAAUCGCGUUGAACCUACGGAAGCGGUAG